AUGCUGAAUGCGUUCCAAAUCUUUUUUAUAUUGAUAAUCCUCAGUGAGUUCAUUCUGGGGAUUUGGGGGAAUGGGUUUCUUGGGUUCUUCAAUUGCAUCCACUGGAUCAAGAGGAACAAGAUUUCCUUCUCUGACUUCAUCAUUAUGAACCUCGCUUUCUCCAGGAUCAUCCUGCAUUGUGUGGUCGUUUUUGAUAGCACUGUCUUGAUGCUCGGUCCUGAUUUCUAUUACGAAGUGAAGCUGACUGCAAUCCGGGAAGCUUGCUGGACUUUCAGUAACUAUUUAAACAUCUGGCUGUCCACCUGUCUCAGUGUCUUCUACUGCCUAAAGAUUGCAGUUUUUUCUCACCCUGCCUUCCUCUGGCUCAAGCGGAGAAUUUCCCAAGUAACUUCCGGCAUCCUGCUGGUCUAUGUGCUCUUCUUUUUCUUCAACACAAUGUUACUGAUUCAAAAAUACUACGUAUCUUUUGCCCUCCUAAAAAUGAGACUCAUUGUAAACUCCACUGAAGAUGUCAGAAGAAAGAAAAGAGAAUCAUAUGUCUUCCACUUUCUUAGCUUCCUGUGGACACUGGUCCCGUUCAUUAUAUCCUUGUUCUCCUGCCUCUUACUCAUCCUCUCCUUGAGGAGACAUACCAGGGUGAUGGGACGCCAUACCUCCGCCCCCAGAGACAUGAGCACCACAGCCCACGUGAGAGCCACCAAAGUGAUGUUCUCCUACCUCUUACUCUUUGUCUUUUAUUUUGUCAUUCAGUUUAUUGGGACAUCAACCAUUCUCCUGAAAGAUGCCAAGGUGAUAAUAAUGAUUGUAGAGUUGGUCGCCCCUAUCUAUCCCUCUGUGCACUCGUUCAUCCUAAUUUUGCAAAACAAAACCCUGAAGGAGGCAUUCCUAAGGCAGCUGUGGCUGAAGAAGGGCUGCGUGAAAGGUGGAGCCAGGGGUUGCUGUAUCCCCUAG